CAGUGUAUCGCUUGUCUCGAUGUAAAACUUGGUUCUUGGUUACGUCGUUGUCGAUGUCUGAUCAAAAUAAUCCGAGUACUGUGAUAUUUAUCUCGCUCAACAAUGUAUAACACGGAAAAAAUAGCCGGUGCGUUAGCUUCAUUGUUACUAAUGUACUCAUGUGUUGCCAUCAAAACUGACUUUUUUGACGGGAGGAAGGAUCCAUUCGGUCCAUAUCCUAGAAUACCAGAUAAGGAGAAGCUGAAGAAAGAGUUAGCGUUUGCUGCGGAAUGUAAGAAACACACCUUUCCACCCAAGGAAAAAUUCUUCUAUGAUUAGAUAUGAUGAACAUAUAUGUCCUUCCACAAGGAUAUAGCUGUAAAUAAAUGUAAUAACUUAUAAUCACGCUACUCGAUCUGUUUUGAGCCAGAAUUCAAGGAAAUAUCAUUAUUAAACUUGAAAUUGUAUGUAGGACUUC